ACCUCCCCUCAUUUUCUCCCAACCUGAUACACAUUAUGGCUUCUUCUUCUGUGGUGCUUCUGUUUCUUAUUUCACUUCCUUUGGCAUUUAUCCAUGGUGAAUUUUUCGACGCUUUAACAUCAAGCCCAAGCAUGGUGGAUUGUGAUAAUUCUCAUCUGCUACCACUUGCCCCUUGUGCACCUUUCGUGCAGGGAUUUGAUUCUUCACCGCUUCAGAUUUGCUGUGAUAACCUCCAUGAUCUCUACCUUCAACAGCCAAACUGCCUCUGUAUCUUGCUUAAUGACACUGCCAUGAGCUCCUUUCCCAUUAACAAGACGCUUGCACUGGAGCUGCCACCUCUUUGCAGCCUUCAACUCAACUACUCCAUCUGCCCAGGGUUUGUUGAGCCUCCGAGUCCCAGAUCUCCUGAGUCUCCAGUUUCCGAAGGAACCACUUCCAAUCCGUCUACUGCUGCUUCUCCAGUGGUUGCAUCGCCACCACCGAAGUCUACCAUGGGCGUUCUGUUUUCACGGAGUAGUGGUGAAAAGUUGAAAAUCAAUAAGGGAAGCUCAAUGUUGCUGGUUGCCACAACUCUUCUGCUCAUACGAAGUUCCAGUCUUUUCUACUCAUAAUUGUAGAGUCCAUUAGAGGAGUAUCUUAUAGU